UCGUGAGAAGGCUCGUAAUGCUAAACUAAUUAUUGGUAUGAAUGGUUCAACAACGACCAUAAAAGACCCAAGUGCACCCAAUGAAGAACCAAAGAAAUUCUCAUUUGACUUCAGUUAUUGGUCACAUGAUAAUUACAAAGAAAAACCAGAUGGCUAUUUAGAACCUACCAAUAAAAAAUAUGCUGACCAGAAAACUGUUUUUAACGAUCUUGGUCGUGGCAUCCUUGACAAUGCAUGGGGUGGAUAUAACUGUUCGUUAUUUGCAUAUGGACAAACUGGCUCUGGGAAAUCCUAUUCUAUUGUUGGAUAUGGACCAAAUAAAGGAAUUGUACCAAUGUUUUGUGAAGAGAUGUUUGUUGGUAUUGAGAAGAAACAAAGUGAAGGAACCAAGACAGAAUUUGAAGUGACGUUUAGUAUGUUAGAGAUCUAUAAUGAACAAGUACGUGAUUUGCUGAACCCAUCGUCCAAUAAGAAAGGAGGCUUAAAAGUACGUCAACAUCCCAAGAAGGGUUUUUAUGUUGAGAGUUUGCAGACAGUACCUGUGAACAGUUAUAAAGAUAUUGAAAACAGAAUGGAUGAAGGAACAAGAAACAGAACUGUAGCAGCUACACAGAUGAAUGCAACUAGCAGCCGUGCUCAUACAAUUGUAGGAAUCGUAUUCACACAAAAGUUUAAAAAUGAUGCUGGAGCUGAGACCGCUAAAAGUGCUGUGGUAAAUCUCGUCGAUUUAGCCGGUAGUGAGAGAGCCGAGUCUACGGGCGCCACCGGGGAUAGAUUGAAAGAAGGUGCCGCUAUCAAUCAGUCUCUCUCUACUCUUGGUAACUGCAUAGCAGCUCUUGCUGAUAAAUCACAGGGUAAAAAUGUACGAGUUCCAUUUCGUGAUUCUGUGUUGACCAAGCUGUUGAAAAAUGCUCUUGGUGGCAAUAGUAAAACUAUCAUGAUAGCUGCCUUAAGUCCUGCUGAUAUCAACUAUGAGGAAACACUUUCUACUCUCAGAUAUGCUGACCGAGCAAAACAAAUCAAAACAGCUGCUGUUGUUAAUGAGGACCCAACAGAGAAAUUGAUUCGAGAACUUCAGGAAGAAAAUGAAAAGUUGAAAAAACUAAUGUCAGGUGGUGGAAAGAUCUCAAUGAGUGACUUAGGUGGUGAUGACGAGGACCAGAAAAAUAUGUCAGCAGCAGAAAAAGAAGCAUUGAGAAAAGAACUGGAAGACGAGAUGAAAGCACAAAUGGAAGAAAAUCAGAGAGAAGUAGAAUUGAUGAAACAAUCAUGGCAAGAAAAACUCAGAGAGGCUCAGGCUGCUGCAGCACAGAAUGAUCAAGAAGUAGCCACCAAAAAAGACGAAGUAAAAACCACACCACAUUUGUAUAACUUAAAUGUUGACUCACAGCUGUCUGGUAUGAUUGUACAUUUAUUGAAAGGCACUGCAUUUAAAGUUGGUAACACUAAAGCUGAUCCCAAACCUGAUAUAGUCCUCAGUGGACUCAGUAUUCAAAAGGAGCAUGCAUUGAUCACAUCUCAGGGUGACAAUUUUUUCAUUGAGAGAGCCGCUAGUGAUGCUAAAUUAUUAGUCAAUGGUGAACCAGUCACUGCCAAGGAAGAACUAGAACAUCAUGACAGGGUGAUGUUUGGUACCAGUCAUCUGUAUGUGUUUAUGCAUCCCAAGCAACAGAAAGCCAACCCAAAUAAAUACCCUAAAGUGGUUACAUAUGAGAUGGCACAGGAAGAAAUAGCACAGAACAGUGGUUUUGAUAUGAGUACGGAUAAAAAAUCAGAUGAGGAUUUGUUACUCCAAGAAGACCUUGUUGACAUGUUACCAGCUGUGGAAGAGGCCAAUGCUAUUAGUGAAGAAUUGGAUAGAAAAGUCAAAUUUGAAAUAGUUGUUAUUUCAGCCAAAGCACGUGGCUUGACCAGUGGAAGAACUGAGGUUUGUGUUAAGAUGCGUAAUUUGGAUAACGGUUUGGAGUAUAUUUGGCCACGAGAUAAGUUUUUCAGAAGGAAGUAUAUGAUGCAAGAAAUGUACCAGAAUUACCAGGAAGGCGAAGAAUGGCAAUUACCAGAUGAGAAAGAUCCCUUCACAGAACCACCUGAUACUGAAGUUCAUAUUGGUAGUGUCAAUGUAUAUUUACAGAGUAUAGCAUAUUUGAUUGAUUUGAGAGAAACGCUGGAGAUUACUGACUAUAAAGGCAAAGAGAUGGGCAUUCUGGAAGUGGAAGCUAUUCCUUGUAAUAACAAAGGAAAGGAGUUAACAGAAGCAGAUGACGUGUUUGUAGAGGAUCCCAGUGAGUUGGUGGGACAGCCUAUCAACUUUGUAAUGAAGAUACAAGCAGCUAGAGGAUUGCUCAAUAAAUAUACUGAUAUUUACUGCAAAUACACUAUGUAUUUGGACACAGAACCACAGCGUACCCAAGUAGUUAGCGGGACAUCGAACCCAGAAUUCAAAUACAAGAAGAACUUUUCAUAUAAUCCGGCUACAUCGCAGUUAAUUGAGUAUUUAAAGGACGGCGUAUUGAUGAUACAAGUGUGGGGAAAACAGAAAGCAGGUGACAAGAAAGGCAAGAAAAUGAACACCAAGGAAAUGAUGAUGGCUCAGGCGUUGUCAAAGGGAAAGGACAUCGCUGGUAAUGCAGGGGAGAAAACGGUAGAUGCCAACAAAACUUUCUUCGUAUUCCAAAUAGCAACGCUGAAAAAAAGACAAGAAAGGUUGCAGGGCAAAAUAGGGCAAUUUAAGAAAAUGGUAGAGGUGGCUGAGAAACAUAAUAAAGCUCGGAUUCAAACAGAAGUUGUAAAAGUAGUAUUAAAUGCACAACACCCUAAGAUAGCAGAGGCAGCUAUGAAGAAAAUUCCAAAGGAUAGUGAGGCUGGUGAACUAAGUGAUGCUCCACCAAAGUCAGCAGCAUGUACUAUAAUGUAGAUGAACUCCUUGUUACCUCAUUACUGUCUCCAUGGAUGUGAUCAGAACCCACAUGCUACUAUCAAAUUACAGUUUUUAUAUUUCAACAACCAUUUUAUUUUCAACGAGUGAAAUAUUUAUUGUGUAGAUCACUUGUUUCUAUUUAAUUCUAAGACACUUGUUGGAUUAUAAUUAUGUGGCAUUGGCUUAACAGGGACACUGAUAUCUUUAAUUCACCAUUAUGUCUGUACCUCAACCAGUGUCCUUGCUGUUAUCCGUCCAUUUCCCUGUUGUUAUGCCCGGUCCCAUAUUUGUCCUUGAUUCGGCCUAUCCAAACGUUUGUUAUGCACAAAUCUUUGAAUCAUAAAUCUGAAUAUCCACUUUCUGCAAUACACGCUUUAUCUUCUAAAUAUGUUGUAGAAUGUUUACAAACUGUGCAAUAUCAAACAGAAGGUUAUUAAAAUGCAAAUAACAUAUUCUUGUUUUUUUCGGAAGUACAAUAAGGUGUUAAAUAUAGAUCACAGAAUGUAGGUUUAUGUUGGGUGAUGGGCUUUAUGCAUGACCCCUAAAGAUUGCACUUCCUGGUACUUUCAGGGGGUAUUGAUGUUCCAUCACAGCAAGAAUUUCCAAUAAUGUGCAGCUACUUUUACUACAUUUGUAUGUUUAACUGUUUUUGAAUUCCAAAGAUAACUACUUCCAUUUUUGUGAGAUAAUAAUAGUUAAAUUUGAAUUGAUAGUGAAUUUGUACCCCCAGAAAGUACCACGAUGUGUGACCUUUUGGAGGUCAUGCAUAUGGUCUAUUAUUAUUGAGUAGUAUACAUGUAGACAUGCAGGUAUAUCUUCUGAUUUGAUGGUACCACAUUUUAGUGAUUUUCCUGUUAAUUCAGAAGGCAUCACAAAAUGCAACUGUUUUAUUGAAAUUCUACAUACAUGCAGGGUGGAAUCGGAUAAAGCGCAUAUCUUAGGCUGUUCUUAUUGUAUAAACUGGUACUUAAUAUAUGAUGAAUUAAAGGAAUGUAAAUAGUUUUUAUAAUUACUGGAUAUAUUAUGUAUUGUUUUUUUUUUUCAUCACCAGUAAUUUUAAUGAUAUUUUUUUAUACUGCAUGUUUUCAUUGAUUUGUUUAUACAUACUGUGUAUAUGUACAUUCUGUGCCCCCUAAAUACAAGUUAUGUUUUUCAUAACAUGACAUUUUCAUAAUUCAUUAUAAUAGAUAAUCAAAUGAUGUCCAAUCCUCUAUAUAUACUGUCAACAGCUUUUUUUUUUUUUGAGGGGAGUCUGGCAAAACUAGGACAUUUUCUAGCAGCUAGUAAAUACAUUUCUUCAGAAUCUUUAGAACAAUGAGUCACGUGUGACUAUAGCGAAAAUUUUAUUCUCGGAAUGCUGUAUCUUUAUAUCAUAAAAAUUAUUAGAUGUGAAACUUAAAUGGUUUUCUGUAUGUUCUAAAAACAUCAGAGGCUAGGUGGUUUGUGUUAUGUAGACACAGCAGUGAUAUAACCCAUAUAUAUAAAACACAUUCCAGUGUUAUUUUGACACCAGUAUUUACAUGUUUAUUUUUAUGUGUGUACUUGAGCCAAACUCAAAAUAAAUGUGUUUUUUUUAAAUAUUUUGAAUUAAACUUCUUAUAAGAACCAAGCCUUACGUAUUAAGUAACUUGAGCUAACACUUUUAAUGAAAGGCUCAGUGCCUCAAGUGUCUUGCUUGUUGUUAUUUUGUACUUAAUAUCUAAUUUUUAAUAAAUGUUGGUGACUAUUACAUUAUGUAAGUA